AUGGAAUAUUUAAAGUGUGCAGUAUGUAGCACCCUGUUUGAUGAACCACAAGAAUUAGAAUGUCUGCACGUGUUUUGCUCAAACUGCAUCAAGCGAGAGUUGUUGGACACGGAAAGAAAUUGUGUUCUCUGUCAUAUAUGCCAAAAACCGACCGAUCCACUGAAGGUUUGUGAAAGUCAGGUCAGAAAACUCGCCCUGCAGGCUAACUCCUGCAGACAGACCAGCCUACCAAAGGAUGAAGAUGGUAUAAAUGAGGUUGAAACAUUGGUGGACAAUAUAAAACAUGGUGUCAGGUUAGCUAUGGAAAACUCUAUGAACGAAGUUAGUGGACACAAAGAAUGUCUUCGGGGGAGAAUAACCGAAUUUUACCAUUCAUUAAUAUCUGAUUUGACCAGUUACUUAGAAGAGCAAUGUUCUGACAUUCUUAACGAAUUAGAAACGAUAUUUGAGGGAUAUGAUCGCGAAAGUUCAAAGGGAAACGGAAGAAGGCAGAGAGUGUUAGAGGAUGUUGAAACUGUUUUUAAAUUGUUUAGCGAAAUUUAUACAAAUAGAGCUAACCCUAUUAUGAAAGAUUUUAGGCAGGGGAUUAUUACAUACUUGGGAAGAUGUCGACGUAUGAUGGAUGAUAUUAAAUCCAUGCGAUGUGACGUUAGAUUCCUAGCGGGUCACGAACAGAGAGACCUCAUUUUAUCUUCAAACUUUGGAGCUAUAGUAAAUCAAUCUCAAAAUCCAGAGCUAAGACCCAGUACGUACGACGAGACAGAUGAAAGUGGACAAGAAAUGACGCCGACAAAUCAAUAUUUUAGAGACGACAAUACUGAAGAAGUUGUAUCUGUACAUCAUGCAGGGCAAGAUGGUAUCGACCACACAGCGGAAAAUGUACCAUCCCACCAACACGUGACCCAGACACCACCAAUUGCAAACAUCAGAAUGCCAAACGAUUCGCUGACUAACGAAACUCAUACAUCUCGUAUUGGACAGAUAUCUUCCAGGAACAUAGAAAUUUCAACACAAAGUCCUUCAGGCGAUUUGAGCGCAGUUUCAGACCAAAUGUCAAGGAAUUUACAGCUUAUUGAUAGAAACGACGAGGAACAACCCCCGUCUUACUGGGAGGCGGUUGCAGAGAGCGAGACAGACAACACAAGAACUCCCCAGUUUUCGUUCAACUUGUCCCAAGAACUUCAAAGUAGAGAAAAACAUUUGCUAAGUUCAACCCGAACAUUAGAAUCUAAUACCACCGGGCUUUCGUCGCCACGAAGAACAGGACAAAGAAACCGUGUUCCACAAAGAAUAAUGUAUAGAGAAGACAGUGUACACGUCAUACACACUUCAAGUCCAUUGCAAUAUGCAACGCAUGCGCGAUCAAUUCGAACGCAGCUCCCUGACGACACGCGCAGUGGACCAAUAGUAGGAAUAGCAUGGCUGCAAGAUAAACUUGUACUGGUCGAUCGUUUCAAUAGUAAGAUCAAGAUGUUUACAGAAACGGGUGAAUUUCUUCACAGUCUAAAAUUCAUGGACGGAGAACCUUGGGAUGUGUGUACUGUGAAUGUCAUAGAAACGACGAAUAACCCACUAACGUGUGCCACUACUGUUCCCCGACAGAAACUGGUUAUGUUGAUUCAGAUAAUGGAGGGACGGAUGCUGUUGAUAAGACACCGGAUUGCUACCAGGAAAGGAUACGUUUGCAUUGCUUACGAGCAAAAGAAUGGCUGUCUUGUCUGUGGCGUCUCGUCUCCAUUCGGGACCUCUGGCAUUGACGUCAUCAAUACUGGUGGAAUUCUCCUUGCGCAGUUUCCCUUACCACCCCAAGUUCUCGUUCGUUCCAUCGAUGUGUCAAUCAAAGACACAAUUAUAAUUUGUGACUGGAGAAAAAAUGCUGUUACUUUCCUGAGCAAAACGGGCGCGCGUAUCGGACAGUACAGUGGAUCGGAGCAGUACCCGCUUCUGGAGCCAGUUGGAACGUGCACAGAUGGAAGAGGUUUCCUGUUUGUAGCGGAUUCCAAAUCGAACACGAUCCAUAUUCUGACAAUGGAGGGUGUGCUGUAUGGCACUGUCAAGUCCAGCUGUCCAAUCAUCAGACCGAAAGAAAUCAACGUCCGCCCUGACGGACCGCCUAAAUUAGCGCUCUCUCACGGCUCCAUGUACAUCGAGGUGUUCAACUUGUUCGGAAGCAGUGACACUGCUCCAACCGUCACUCCCUCAGCACCAAACCUACAACUUAGUUAG